AUGAUACCCGGCAUGGCAGGGUCACCCGGAAACCUCAUCAGUCUCAUGGGAGAGUCGCCGCCCACUCAGCCUUCGUCCUAUGAAGACCGAGGCCUGCCCUCCGGCUGGUCAUCGCCUUCUACUCGUCCAUACCUCCAGAGCCACCCAGCCUCGGUCUCACCACCAACUUCCGGAAGACGCCCCUUGAGUUUUCAAAUGGACGGCCGUUAUCAGCAGCCCCCUGAUCUACCUUCUCACAUAGCCAUGGGCGGACCGCGGCGUAGCUCCUUACAUUCCCACAUUGCCCAGUCUCGGGGGGGCCCGAAUCCGCCGCUCCCACACCAAGCCCAACCACACUUUUAUGGCACACCCGAACUCGACUUCGAUAUGCAAUCUCAAGUCGGAAUGCGAGCUGGCGAGCGCGGCUACCACUUUGGAUUCGACACACUGCCAGCGCAGGGCGCAGCGAACGUUGUGCCUGGUACGGGUAGCGUCGUCGUGGCCGGUUACGAGGGUGGUCUUGACGUUUACUCAGUCAGCAAACGGGGGCUGGAAUCCGUGGCCACUCUGAAAGGCUUGCGUGGAGGCGUGUAUGAUGCAAAGAUCCUACCCUGGUCUCCUUCGGACUCUGGACCCGAUAUUUAUCCUCUGAUCGCUGUUGUUCUACAUGGGCCAGUACUCAAUACAGUUCCAGAGGUUCAUGUCCAGAGCGAGGACGGGGACACGGCCAGCACUCAGUCACCAGAACGAGCCUUACGCGAUGAUAUGAGUCACAAAGGCAACCUGCCCGUGGAGUUUUACCAGACUACCGUGGAAGUUCUCUCUCUGAAGACCGGGAAGUGCGUCGCUGUUCUUCUGGAAGCGCCCAAGAUUCAACUCAGCACCCCAGUUACCAGCCCUAUCUUCCAGCCGCCCCCUGUCUCGGGCGCCCUCAGCCUCAAAGCCGACAGCGGAACAAUUGCUGUAUCUUCCGGCGUGAGCGGUGAGAGCUGGAUCUACAAACAGGCGAUCAUCGCCCAGGAUCCAUUCAUCCAGUUUGUGUGCGUGGCCAAAUUGUGGACAACUCUGCAACAAUCACCCAAGAGCGAUGCACCGCAGGAUGGUGAGAGAGCCCGGAGCCCCAUGCCGAGGCAAGGCUGUCGCACCCCAAUUCUGGAUCUCAAAGGUAGAUGGAUCUCGUACUGCCCCGCCAAAGCGUCAUCUCAGAUAUCUCUACGGGCUUCAAUUCCGGUUCCAGUUAGCGGCAAGGGUCCAGGCCUGAGCGCUCUUACGCCGCCACAGCUCCCCGCUGUUACCUGUGAGCUCGACUUGCCCGGAGCCGAAAGCGUGAUGAACAAGCUCAUGCGUGACGCAACACAAGAGUUGAUCUCGGGAGCGAAAUGGGUAGGACAACAAGGGUGGCAAGCUUUCAAUACGUACUGGAAGGGCUCUGCAGCACCGCAAGCACCACGUUCUCCUCCUCUUGCGUCGCAGCAAUGGAACACCGGGUAUCCCCCAAGGCACGAUACAGCUCAGUUCCCACCGACUCACGGCGCAGUCGCUCCCCCAGUCUCGAAGGAUCCUGGACUGAUAUCCGUUAUCGAUGCGGAGGCUCUGGCUCACUCUACGAGCAUUCAUCCGCUGGCUACUUUUCCGGCUCCGCUUGGUUGUAGCUUUCUCUCGUUCUCGCCAAACGGGACCUGUCUGUUUGCUGCAAGCAGCAAAGGCGAUGUCCAGUCCGUCUGGGAUCUGCUGAGAAUCCAGCAUACCAGAAGCUCUCCUCUACAGACAUCAGCUCAGCCUGGCUCACCAACUGGUCCCAGGGUCAGGCAGAUUGCACAAUUCUCUCGCAUGACUGUGGCCCGGAUAGUGGAUGUCGCUUGGACAAGACCCCAUGGCGAACGACUAGCAAUGGUGACGGAAAGGGGUACGGUUCACAUUUUGGAACUGCCACCGAGCGCGUUCAUCUGGCCCCCUCCCCGUCGGCGCACUCGCACCCAAGAGAGCAAAGCUGUUACUAGCGAAGGCGGAGCCGGAGCCGCUUCUAUUGCUUCUAGUGCUCUGACAACUGCCAUCGGCGCGGCUAGGCCGUUGCUCACAAGGCCCCGCCGCAGCAGUUCCAACAUACCACAGUCGACGGGUGCAACCUUCCGCGAUCAGGCGAGUCAGGGCGGGAAGAUGAUCGCGGCCGGGAUCAGCCACUCUCUUGGCAAGACUGGCAGUGCUAUCAGUCAACUUCGUCACACUGGGGAAAACAGGGCCGCGCUACCAAGUAGUGCCUUGACUCCUACUCCGUCUUGUGUCACCUGGAUCACCGGGAGGCGGUACCACUCGCUCUUUGUCAUUGGUGAUGGCGUCGUCAGAACGUUCCCAACUGGUGGACGCGGCACAGUCUCGGGCUCCGGAAAAGAGGGACUGCCUCGGCUGAACCGAUACAAGGACUUCAAGCUGCCGCUUCUGUCAGAAGACCUACUAGCACCAGCUGUGAAGCGUUUUCUGGACCCUGAUGAGUACCUUGAGUUGAACGACCAAAAUGACGCUGGCGACAACACGCUGGUACUUGAGCAACGUUCUGGGACAAAGCAGCUGCAAACCUUGGCGGCAGCGCAGUCAUCGAUCCCUCAAGCCGAGAUCGAGUCCAGCGCACCGUAUCAGCCAUUCCACACUGACCGGCGCGUUGCCCUCUUCGAAUAUGAUCUGAACCAGCACACAGCGGCCCUUCAGCCCUCUGACAUCUCGACGAUGCUUGCCGACACGAGUUUGGAGGACAAAACCCUACCUGCCCGUCGAAAGCAGCAAAAGCGACAAGUCGUUUCCAAGCCAGAGACUCCGCCGACUGGAGCAUGGGUAUUUGGCCAACCCAUCAGUUCAACACGGCUUGACACCGGUCAUAUCCAGAUCUCGGAGGAGGAAUCAUUCAACAUUAGUGUCGAAGACAUGCGGGCAUUGCCAGCCUCGGCUAUGGAACGGGUCCUCCAACACGUUGGUGACAACGAAGAGCAGAUUGUUGUUACGACAAGACGAAGAAGGGGCGGCGGACGCGCGGCUGACCAGGACGAUGACGGAUUCUUCGAAGACGACUGUGAGGUUCUCGACUUUGCGGAUCAGCGUGUCUGA